AUGUGCGAUGGCCUGCCCAUAUGGCCGCAAGUGUACUACUGUCUACGUGCUGGGUCUAGAGAAACUGGUCUUGAAAUUCUAGUGGAUGCGUUGCAAGCCGGGUGCACAGAUGCUAGUGUCAUCCUCAUCGAACAAUGUCUGAGGGCCUCUCUUACAGCGGGGGAGAGAGGCGCUCUCCCGGAGAUGUUGCUAGAGCGCCUCGUGCAAGAGUAUGGGCUGUCGGUACAGCGCGGCGAGGACCCGUAUGAGAGAGCCUGCUACGUAGUGCUUGGGAGACUUGAUCCUGCGGCUGGAGACAAGUUGGCCCUACCAGAUAGCGAUUAUUCGCUCCUCUUCUACUCGAUAGAAGACUAUCUGUGGCUGAGACUGAGUAUCGUGCGCCUUGAUACGGACGAAAGGGCGCCGGAGUCAUUGCGAAUGUACGAAUUACCGAUGAAAUGUAUUCAGGAGGAAGUACGGAGGUUUGGGCCAGCUCAUUUUGAUCCGCAAGGAGAUACACCCACAUUUUAUGCGUUUGUGCUGCUCCUCACGGGGCAGUUUUCGGCGGCAAUUGAAUAUCUUGAUGGAGGGGCGCGUGCAAUCGCAGAGGCAACACAUGUCGCAUAUAUCCUUUAUUACUACGGGAUAUUGCGAGAGCCAGGUGGCGUGGAUGCGGGUGCGGCGGACGGUGCCAACUUUUGUUUUGAUUACGCCGAGCUGCUUUGGAGAUACGUGACACGAUUCUCAAGGACAGAUGCGACAGCAGCUGCAGUGUAUUUGUUUACGUUGCGUGACGGAGUGGUAAGGAAGGAGCUGUUGCAAAGACUAGUGCUGGAAACAAAAGAGUUUGAUUUGCUGCUGGGCACCAAGGCGUUCCGCGAUGACGGCAGGGGUGGUCGGCAAGCAGGGGUGUUGCAAGAGCUGUGGCCUCUUGGCGGGCGGGACGGGACUGUAGGAGGGAGCUGGAUGUCGGUUGUCGCGGACGCGGCAAGAGCGGCUGAUGAAGCGGGAGAUCGGGCAAGCGCCGUGCAGCUGUACGACGUGGCAGGGGCGCGAGGAAAGGUGGUGGGUAUUCUGAUUGACCGGCUAUCUGCAGAGCUGACGUCAAGAAAUACGGCGUCGCGUGAUGUAACGUUCAAGGAGGCGAUGAAGUAUCGGCAGGGUUUGGAAAACGACCGAAUGCACCGGCCGUUGGAACGGAUGGAGGGGGACGUGCUACUGGGUCAGUUGCUGCCGUCAUUGGACCUGCUGCUGGGGAUGGGAGAAUUCUUCGAGCUGAUUUGGGAAAAGCAGUUUGAACGGGCUUGGGAGCUGCUGGAUAAAAUGGAUUUUCUGCCACGGACGGACGGGCAACUGGUAUCGAAGAUAUCAGAACUCAAGGUUGGCGGGGGGGUUUGGGCGGACGCGGUGUGCGACCGAGUGCCAGAGAUUGUGCUUGGGGCGAUGGAGGUGCUGGCGGGGCUACACGGGAUGCAACGACGCAGCGGACGGGAGAUUGGCGGGAGCGGGCUGUGGUCGACGCAGACGCUGCGGACGGCGGCCAAGACUCUUGUCAACUUCUCCGGGAUGUUGCCCAACGUGUCUGCGGACGUGUCUGCGCGGCUUGUACGAUUGGAUGUGCUAAUGAACUAAUUAAAAUUAGCUUACCAAAGAAAAGAGAAAA